CUGGAUUUCGACUCUGUUUUCUGCCUCUGCCUGCCCCUUGUCUGACGCCUCUAGCCCUGGAACUCGACUCUGUUUCUGUCCUUGGAUUUAUGCCCCAGCCUAGCCACUGGUUUAUUCAGCCUGAGCCUGCCUGGCUCUUAAGUCCACCUGGAGUUUUGCCAAGAGGACAAUCACAGCUCUCUGUGUUCCUGUCACAGCUUCAGCUGAUUCCUCGGAGGAUUUGGAUCAGUCGGCAAUCUGACUUCAGUCUGUUGGACACUUCCUCAUUAACUGUCUGGAUCACUUCCUCCUCUGGAUUCUGUGCCUCAUCCCCAGACUGAGAAGGGAGGGCCAAAAGGAAGCAUCUGAAUGCACAGGAUUGUGACGAACUGGGACAAAGUGAGGAUGGCAAAGAUGCUCUCACCAAACGCCACCGAUUAUGGGGCAGGCAAAACCCCAACUGGGGUCUUUACCCUAGAACCCCUACAAAGCAAAGAAGGAAAGCAAAGUCUGUUUCAGGAAGUCCAUCAGGGCAGCAGAAGGCCAUUAAUGACUUUUUCUCUGUAACAAAAGUUAUUAGUUCCAGUCCUCACAAAUCCCCCAUGCCUUCCACGUCAACACACAGAGAGGAUUCUGGGGUUCUGGAAGAGAAAGAAGAGGAUGAUGACGAUGUUAGCUUGUUGGCUAGCCCCAUUGUAGCUGAGGAAGAGGAUGAGAUUGAUGAUGAUAGUCUGUUAGCUGCUGAAAUGUUUCCAGGAGCUGAGGCAGAGAAGAUUUUCUCCGCUGAUGCCCGUCUGGUAAAUAUAGGGACAGUAUCCCAGUGUGAGAAAAAGCAAGCUCGGGAGGCGGAUUAUCUGGAGGGAAUAACUGCAGAGAUGUUUGGAGAUGAAGAGGACUUUGACGAGGUUGAAGAGGAGGAGGUCGAGCCCUUACCUGACGCCCACUUUGGGCUCCUGAGCAGCGGCAAAGUUUUGUUCCAACCACAGGGCUGCAUAGACGACCUUCCUGAGGAGGUGCUGAGAGAAGUAUUGUGUCUCAUCCCUGCGUUGGACCUUUAUCGCAACGUCUGCUUCGUGUGCCAUUGCUGGAGGAACAUCGUUCUGGACCCUAAGUUUGUGCCUUUCAAGAAGCAAUACUUUCGCUACAUGAUGAGAGAAAAGGAGACUGUGCUGGAGAUCUGCUCCACACUGAAAAACAGCAACAUAAUCGGCCCUGCAGCUUCACAGCACAGCAUCCGAAACCUAGUGGCGCUAAUGGCUCAGCAUAAAGUUGGAGAGCGUGUGAAGCCAGAAGACGUCCUGGGAUGUGUAAAGAAACAUCGGCUUUUCCCACAGGCUGAAGCCUCCGUUAGGUUACGCAUUCUUGACAUCCAGACGUUUCUCCACCAUGGCACUGAGGGUCCUAACCCGUACGCAGCCAUGGCGGUCAUAUUGAUCCUGAGUGAGAGUGUAGGUGACGUGCAGGCCUUGGUGUCUUUGCUCUCCAGCUGCAUGUCACUAACUGCCAUCACAGAGUACCUCAGCCACAUGGCCAUGAUGCUGCUUGCUUUAGAGAGGAACAAAAUUAAGAUUAGCUACAGGUUGCAUUACAACAUCUACUAUGUGCUUUACUUGUUGGAAAAUGGUCCUUUUUGUGUCAACUCUGGCCAGAACGGACUCCCUCAGAUUCACCUCACACGAGAACAGCAGGAGAUCCUCAGCCACAACAUCCAGGAUGACCAUGUGGUCAAGAUAGUAGCAUUUGCAGGUACAGGGAAGACGACCACGUUGGUGAAAUACGCCGCGCUGCAUCCGGACCUCCGCUUCCUCUACGUGGCUUUUAACAACUCUGUGGCCUGUGAGGCACGACGCCGCUUCCCUGCCAACGUGGACUGCAGGACUGCCCACUCCUUAGCCUAUAAUGAUGUUGGGAGGAGAUAUAAAGUUCACAAAAAGCUCACCUUUAACGUGAAGCCAUUCUCCAUCAACUUUGCUCUGCCGACUGGAGCUGCAGGCUUCUGCAGGGCUAAAGUGGUGACUACGAUUCUGAAUACUUUCAUGGCCUCUGCAGACCAAACCAUCGACAGCCAGCACGUCCCCUACGACUACGUAAUUAAUAAGGGCUGCAGGAAGGUUAUCGAGCCUGAGGAGCAAAAGUUUUUUAUCCAAGAAGCAAAGGCGAUCUGGAACAAAAUGAAGGACGUUAAAGAGAAGUCAAAACAGGCCUACUACAUGCCUCAUGAUGGUUACCUGAAGUUAUGGCAGCUCAGAAAUCCAAAGCCCCGUCUGUCUGACCAAUACGAUGCCAUUUUUAUUGACGAGGCUCAGGACUGCACACCAGCCAUCAUGGACGUUCUGCUGUCCCAGGGCUGUGGGAAGAUCCUGGUGGGAGACCCCCACCAACAGAUCUAUACCUUUAAAGGAGCAGUCAAUGCUCUCCACUCAGUUCGCCAUACUCACAUCUUCUACCUCACUCAGAGCUUUAGAUUCGGGGCGGAGAUUGCCUUUGUGGGCGCAGCCAUCCUCAAAGUUUGCAAGGGGGUCCAUAAAAUUCUCGUCGGAGGAAUGCAGAAAGGUGGCGUGUGUGAUGAGACUGCCGAUAAAGCCCUGGAGGCCAUGAAGAAGGGUGUGAGUUGUAGCCGGGGAAAGAUCGGCAUCCUUUCGAGGUGUAAUGUCGGUGUCUUUAAAGGGGCAGUCCAACUAACGGAUGCUAACCAGCAGUGCCAGAUCCACUUCAUCGGAGGUGUCGAAAAUGUUGGGCUGGAAAAGAUAAUGGACAUCUAUCACCUGAUGAUUCAUGCAGGGCAGGAAUCAAAAAAAAGAGCCAUCAAAGACCCCCUCAUCCGGACCUUUUUCUCAAAUAAGGAAAACCCCUACUUGGCUUUUAAGAAAUAUAUCACACAAACUGAAGACAAGGAGCUGGAAGGGAAACUAAUCAUCGUGGAGAAAUACAGAGAUCGCAUCCCUGAACUGGUGGCCCGACUGAAGGCCUGCUCUGAGAGCGACCUGCACAGAGCAGACUUUAUUGUUGGAACUGUCCACAAGGCCAAAGGUCUGGAGUUUGACACUGUGAUCAUCAGCGACGACUUCACCACCAUUCCUGCUGCCAGUCACAACCUGUGCCGCUUUCAAGACUUCUCAAUUUCUAAAGUUCCUGAUGACGAGUGGAACCUACUGUAUGUGGCAGUGACUCGGGCCAUGACCUCCCUGGUUAUAACUAAAAACAUCCUCCGCCUCCUCACUGUGGCUGGGGAAUACUUCCUCAAGUCCCAGGUGCCCAGUUCUCUGGUGGUGGGCAACAAUCCUGUCCCUUGCUCCAUCCCAGAAUGUCCUAACUGCAUUACACCUGGCUCAGCAUUCAUUAUGUCUAAACAAAAGAUGCAGUGUACCGACUGUGUGACUCACGAUGGCCCACUCUGCGAGAGGUGCGUGUGGACUCGAAUCGGGCCCACAGCCUUCCUCAUGACCGACGAUGUCCUCUCCAUGGCGGAAAUUCCACAGGGGCUGCACGUGCCCAUCCACAAUCCGUUUUUCCUGGAGCUCUUUUUUUAAUUUGAUCACCCAGGACCUGGAAAAAAACUUCUUACCAUGGAUUCAUGUUUUGCCACAGGAGACACCGAACUGAUUAAGAAGUUUUUAUUUAAAAAAAACUAAACCUGUAUGCAAACCAAUUUUUAACAUUUGUAUAUUUUUGCAUUGAUGCUUUUUUCCUGCUUUGUUCAAUCCUGUUAAACUGGCUUUUCUCUCAAA